AUGUACGAUGCAGCAAGGGUGCCAUCUCCCAAAGACGGUUCUAACGGGAUGACCAAAUCACUAGUCCCUGGGACAGGAGCAGAGAUGGGGGCAACUACUGGAGGAGGGGGUCUAACACCAACAACAGCCCUACAAGCAAAAACUGAGGAAGGACGAACAGCUGCAGAGGAAGAAGAGCCUAAUUCAGAUCCGGUCUUGGUUAAAAAGCCAAAAAGAGAGAUAUUGGACCAUGACAGGAAGAGGAGGGUAGAGCUCAAAUGUAUGGAGCUCCAAGAGAUGAUGGAAGAGCAAGGGUACACGGAAGAAGAGAUUCGGCAGAAAGUGAGCACCUUCAGACAAAUGCUGAUGGAUAAAGAGGGAGUCAUCACCAGAGAUGGCUCACAACCAGUAGUCAACAACGUGCACUAUUACCAUGAAGAUGAAGCUGAAUUGGUUGGCGACGAAGACGGAGACUACGACGCUGAUUAUCAUAGUGACAACAGAGUAAAAAGGAAAUCAAGCAGCUCCCCAUCCCCUCGUCCAAAGAAAAGAAAGAAGAAGAAGUCUGGCCGUCGAAGAAGUCGGUUUGGCAGCUCAUCACCCAAUCGCAGUGAAAAGAAGAAAAAGAGUAGCAAGAAACACAAGCGCGACAGGUCAGCUUCAGGCUCCAGCAAAAAGAGAAGGUACAGGUCAGGCAGCCCAAAGGAUAAACACAAAGACAAAACCAAACAGAAAAAGAGGUCUCCCGCUGAGACCCCCAGAAGGAGUGUGCAGCGCCAAGGCAGCUGUUGCAGCAGCCGCAGCGCCUCCGUGUCAUCCACUGGGAGCACCUCCAAAUCUCCCAGCAGACUGAACUCCAAGCACAAGAAGGAUGGAAAGAAGGCAGAGAGCACGUCGUUAUCCCCGGGCCGCAACAGUCCCUCCGUUUGGCACAACGGCGACCACACCCAGCGUCACAAUUGCCACAAAGCCGGCAGACUCAACCACACAGAGGGCGAUAAGGUGCAAGAUAAGCUGAACCUAUUGGCCACGGGCUCCUCAAGCAUCCAGUCAAAUUUGCUGAAAGAGCAUAAGCAGAAGCUCCAUAACAGCACUGAUACUGGAAGUGGAGAAAACGUGAGAGCUUGCCAGCGGGGACGGAACAAGAGCACCCACUCUCCUGCUCGAAGCAGCGACUCGGCGCACUCCCACCACAACCACGCUCACAGAGGAAGGAGCAGCCGCCAUCAGAGGAAGACAAAAAGCAGCCAUUCUUCCAAGCGUCACCACCGCUCCAGUCGAGGUCAGGCACACAACCGCAGCCCGUCGGCAUCACCGGGUCACCAUUCGCACACGUCGGGGAGAAAGAAGGAAGUGUCCCGAGGCAAACAAAACUCGAGACAUCGCAGCAGCUCCUGGAGCAGCGAACAUUCUUCGUGCACCCGCCGGGACCGAGGCCUUAGCAAGGCCAAGUCUCCUCACAACAGAGAGAAUUCCUCCAGAGAGAGGGAUAGUCCAAACCGAUGCGACAGUGAUGCCGACAGCCGAGCCCGCCGUCGCUCUCGCAGUUAUUCCCCCAUUCGCAAACGGAGGAGAGAUUCACCUAGUUUCAUGGAAGCGCGCAGAAUUACCAGCGCUCGUAAACGUCCGAUCCCUUACUACCGGCCGAGCCCGUCGUCGUCCAGCUACGACAGCAGCCCCUCACGCUCCAGCCGCAGCUUCAGCAGCUACAGCCGCAGCAGGAGCCGGAGCAGGAGCAGGAGUCCAAGUCGAAGUCGCAGCUGGAGCAGGAGUCAGAGCUGGAGUCGAAGUAGGAGCCGUUCUCGCAGUCACCACACUUACUCCAGCCGCAGCAGCUACGACAGCUGA